UAUUUUUAGAGUUCUAGGACACAUUGAGCAACAUAAGGGAGGUAAGAAAAAAUAUGAAAAUCUCCAUAGCUCAUUGUUAGAAAACUGCAACAAGAAGUGGCAUCUAUAGGUCACGAGACUACAUGACAACCAUUUGACUCCAUCUAUGCUAAAGAUAGGGUCAAAGAUAGGUUAUAUUUUUUAUAUAAAUGCAGUCCUAAUAACUUUAUGCCUCCCCAUAUUUCCUUUAAAUGCACCGGGUUUGCUUGUUUGAACUAUGGUACCAUUCCAGUUGAUGGAGACAGCUGAAAUCAGGAAAGGUAAUGGGCAUGGACUGAAGCUAUGUUUAGAAUCCCCUCUGUCCCCGAUACCUUUAAGAGAAGAGGAAGGACAGACCAACUCCAAAAGCCGGACGGGUGAUAUUGUAAACAGACUUCUGAAACAAAAGACACAGCAGCAGAAACACUUUGACAAAGAACACAAUCAAGUCUUUCUCUCUUCAAAGGACCAAAAAACAGCAAGAUAUGGCUACAGCCGCCAGCAUUCUGUCCAAGGAGCAGCUCCUUUGCCCCAUCUGUCUGGAUGUGUUUAACCAGCCGGUCUCCACUCCAUGCGGGCACAACUUCUGUCGUGACUGCAUCCAGAGAUACUGGCAGAGUACCAAUCUGCCACAGUGUCCCAUGUGUAAACACAAGCUGUACAAGAGGCCCGACCUCAAAGUCAACACCUUCAUAUCUGAGGUGGCUGCUCAAUUUAAAGACCAUGGGGAAAUGAAGUACAAAGACAAGCUCAGAAGUAUGGACAAGUCAGGCAAUAAGGGGGAAGUUGCUUGUGAUGUGUGCGUUGGUAAAGGGGUGAAAGCUUUUAAAACCUGUCUGGACUGUUUGGCUUCAUUUUGCCAGACACAUCUGGAGCCCCAUCACGUUCUAGGUACCCUCAAGAAACACACCCUGAUCAACCCAGUUAUGAACAUGCGAGACAGAUUAUGUAAGAAACACGAGAGCCUCCUGAACUUGUUCUGCCACACAGACCAGAUGUACGUGUGCCAGGUCUGUGUUGAGGAUGACCACAAGGCACAUCGUAUGGCUCCUAUAAAGCACGAAAGCCAAGACAGGAGAGAUCAGAUCAGAAGUAUGAACGUGGAAGUGCAAGAAGGCAUCCACAGUAGGGUACAAAAAACGUCUGAGAUCGGUCAAGCUGUUGAGCUUAGCAAAAGAAACACUGAAAAAGAGGUUGAAGAGAGUUUUCUGGUCUUCAACAAACUGCUUCAAGUUGUUAAGACAGUCCAAGCUGAAGUGGCUGAGACUAUCUUAGCAAAGCAGAGGUGUGUUGAAAGCAGGGCUAGUGAGAUUACAUUGGAUAUUGAGCAAGAGAUUAAUCAGCUGACAAACAGGAGCACAGAUUUGGAGCUGUUCUCACAGACAAACGAUGAUCUCUACCUUCUCCAGAGCUUUCCGGCUUUCUCCACUAAGCUGCCCAUAAAAGACUGGUCUGAGAUUUGGGUAGAAAGUGCAGUCUAUGUGGGAACGGUGAGAAGGGCACUCAGGAGAGCAGCAUCACAGCUUGAGGAAACCAUCAAGGCAGAGUUGGCUGCAGAAGUCCCAAGGCGUUCCCUCUCUCCUGCGCUCAGAGCGGUUGUCUGGACGAUGCUAUCGUCUGGCAUCCUGUUGGCGUUCUGCUUUCUGGUUUUCACCCUGCGCUUCAAAAACAACAGGAUAGUGAAGAUGUCCAGUCCCAACCUAAACGUUCUGACUCUCUUUGGAAGUGUCCUCACAUAUAUUAGCGGCUUUCUAUUUGCAAUUGAUGAGCAAACUCAUAAGCAAGCUGACGUCUCUAUUAUGUUGCUUCAAGCUCGGAUGUGGAUGCUUUGCAUUGGAAGCACCCUGGUCUUUGGGCCAAUUUUGGGAAAGACCUGGAGGCUUUACAGAGUUUUCACUCAGCGAGUUCCCGACAAGAGAGUGAUCAUUCGAGACAUCCAGCUGAUUGGCAUGGUAGUCCUACUGAUUCUACUGGAGAUUCUGAUUCUCACCACCUGGAAUCUCACAGACCCGGUGAGAUGCUCGCGAUCUGUCGGAGCUGUUGCCAAGGCGACUGAGAGAGACACCUCCUACUCUCUGUCACAGCUGGACUCUUGCUCCUCAGAAUACUCAAAUAUUUGGCUCAUCAUCAUUGCUGUUCAGAAAGGUUGCCUCCUCCUUUAUGGCACAUACCUGGCUGGACUCACCAGCAAUGUCAGCCAUCCUCCGGUCAACCAAUCUCCCACCAUCAUUACGGCCGUCACUCUGGUCACCUUUUCCUCUGCUGUGGCCUUCCCCGUGUUCUUCUUCCUACACGCCUGGCCCAACCUGGUCUACAGCACUGUGGCUGGAGCCAUCUUCAUCUGCACACUGGCCACUAACUGCAUGCUGUUUGUGCCACAGCUGACCCAGUGGCGACAGUUUGAGGAGGAUCAGAACAACCCGAGUCAGAUGGCCAAAUAUUUCAGCAGCCCCAGUAAGAGUCAGCCAUCUGUCUACAGCCAGGAUGAGAUCUACUUCCUGCUGGGGGAGAACAGCUCAAUGAAGAAGCUCUUGAAUGAGAAGAAUGCUGCGAUUGACAGUCUUCAAGAGCAAGUAAACAACGCCAAGGAUAAACUCCUGAGGCUCAUGACAGCAAGUCAGUCCCUAGGGGACCAGGACGUUGAUUCCUCUGCUGCUUAUUUCAACUCCUCCUCUACCCAGACCACUGAGCUUCAUUCUGAAGGAAGCUCCUCUUCCUGUUUAUCUCAGAGAGACACAAAAUCCGGACUUUUGCCUCCUCCAGCAUCUCAUAAUCUCACUCUGCCUCCUGAUACCUCAAAUACACUCCGGAUACCUUCCAUUCAAAACUCAGUGGACCUCCAUCCUGUUUCUUCCCCCUUCACUGAUGACAUCCUGAGUGGAAGCCGGAAAGAUAUUCCCAACUCUGCAACUAGACAGACAUCUGAAACCACAGUGAGAGAGAAUGUCAAGCAACCUCUGUCCCCCACAUUGAGGACAGCGGAGGAGGCUGUUUAUUUUGUCACCUCUCUUCAAAACCACAGAAGACUGAAUCCCUCUCAGGUUGAACAAUUUGCCAGUCAUGGUGGCCUGUCAACGCAGGUGGGACCAAAACCCAAACUGACUGGUUUCGUCAGCAGCGAGAAGCUGCAAGAGAUCAUCCAGGAGCUGAGCAUGGAUGCAGUCAUGGAGACAGUGCUACGAUCUCCAGGUCAGGCGUCUAAGACGUCAUCUCAACCGAAGCUGAACACGUUGUCCCCUCUGUCCCUCUGCUCCUCUCAUUCUCUCUUCCAAUACCCCAGCAUCUCUCCACACGCGAUGAGAAAACGUCGGCCUCCCUUUUACCCCUCCAGGAGAGCUUUGUCCUCUUCCUGCUUCUACACAGGCUCAGAUGUUCCCAUUUGUGAAUUGAAAAGGGACACCUGUGAACACCAAAAUCCAGAUGAGACACAUUUUCGUGCUGAUUGCAGCGUCACUGACUUAGACAAGUCAGUAGAGGAGAAAGAGGGCGAUAAAGAGGAAGAAGAGGAAGUGAAAAACUGUCAAAGACAUGCUUCGCAGUCUCACAACUGCCCACUCUGGCGUUGUGCUAGACAGAACUGUUCACCUGAGCACGGUGUGGAAGAAGACAACAGCGGCAAACAACGCCAUCGAUGCAUCAGAGACUCGAGUGGAUACUGGGAUUCAGAUUCUAGCAGCUCCACAGAUUUCUGCUACUACCAUCGUCCGUACUGUGAUUCCUUCCUGUCCUCAGACAGCUCCUCAGACUCGUCUGACAGCGAGUACGAGGAUUACACCAACCUCUGUCGCCCCCCGCGGCCCGUUGUGUUUAAAGAUGACCUCAAACCUACUUUAGUAUGACAAAAUGUUUACUGCACUUUAUGUGUUAUUUAAUUAUUUCCACCACUUGAACUUUGAGUACUGUGAAGAAUUAUUUGCUUUCUUAUACAUUUUUUUUUUUUGGUUUGUUUCACUGAAAAGUUUCAGAUAAUUAAACACAUUUCAACACUAGAAUAAACACAAAAUGCAGUUUUCACAUAAUUUUAUUUAUUAAAGGAAACAAACUAGCUACACUAAUCUUGCCAUAUGAGAAAAUUUCAUUUCUCCCUACACCUACCUACUACGUUUAGCUAACCUUUGCAGCAGCAACAGGCAUGAAAUGGUUGCUAAAUCUGAAAUUGGGUCUUUUUCAUCACUGUGAAGGAAUUUAUACCACUUUUAUUGCAGAGUAGCUUUGAUCAGCCUCAUUUUAGAGUUUUCAAUCAUGAGCAGCAGGUUUAAAAUCUCUUUGCAUGGUCUCAAUAAGAUUUAAGUUCAGAUAUUGACUAGAUCAGUGUUUCCCAAUUCCAGUCCUCGGGGCCCACCUGCCUGCAUGUUUUAGGUGUUUCCCUUCUGCCACACACCUGGAUUGAAUCUUUGGGUGAUUAACAGGCUUCUGCAGCACCUGGUGGCUGCAGAAGAUGUCAUGCAAUCAUUUGAAUCAGCUGUUCUGGUAUAGAGGCACACCUAAAACAUGCAGGACUGGAAUUGGGAAACACUGGACUAGACCACUGGGAAACGUGAACUUUUGGUUGCAGUGAGGGGGGAUAACUUUUGAGUUUAGACUCAGAAAUUCAUGCCCAGACAUCCUCAUUUAGGCACAGAAUGUAUGUUUUAUUCAAUUAUGGAAAGUCAUCCAAGUCCCAAAGCAGCAAAGAACCAUACCAUCAAACCAAGGUCAUGUUUGGCUGUUGCCAUGAUGUACAACACAUGUAGAAUGCCCACACCUUCUAAAACAGGGGUGGGCAUUCCAGCUCCUCAAGGGCUGGUGUCCUGAAACUCUUAGAUGUCUCCCUGGUCCAACACGCUUGAAUCCAACAGCUGAAUCACGUCCUAAGUGCAGUCAGGUUCUCCAGAGUCCUGCUAAUGACCUCAUUAUUUGACUCAGGUGUGUUAAAGUAGAGACACAUCUAAAAGUUGCAAGAGACCGGCCAUCGAGGCCUGAAGUUGCCCACCCCUGUUCUAAUAGGUUCUGUUCAGCUUGAAUUGCUGGACUCCCAAAGUCUAAGUUGUAAGCCUUUCUAGACAGAUAAUUGUCAGGAACUUUUUUUUUUUUUUUCUUUAAAUUAAGGUAUUGUGUUUCUUAAUAUGUCUUGUCAGACUGGUUCUAUUUGAAUUAUUUCAUUAUUUUACAGGUCUGACCGCAAUCAGGCCUGAGUGUGACUAAUGAAACUGAAUCAUAUAAUCUGGUUAAUCAAAGUUUCUCAUAGUUUAACAAAGCAGUAAAUUACAUUAAUAAGGAUAUAUUAUUUUUGGGUACAAUAUUUAUGUAUUUAUUUAUUUUUGCCCUACAGGCUUGCCUUUCAAUGGUUUAAUCAAAACCAUUGAAAGUUCCAUUUAGUUACUUAGUUACUUAGGCUUUCUGUGAGUUAUGGAACUUUGUUUGAUGAUCUGAAACAUUUAAGUGUAGAAACAAAUAAGCAAAUAUCUUUAAGGGAGUAAAUACUUUCAUUCACAGCACAGAAUACUGACUCUCAAAGCACCAGAUCAAUUAUUAUUGUAUUUAAUAAUUAACUUUUAUACUUUGAGAUAAUGUAGCUCUAAUUUCAGUAAGAAUGCUUUGUUUUUCCAUUUUAUAUGAAGAAAGCAUUGUUGUUGAAUUCUGUUUGUUUGCUCAUAAGAAUUUUAUAUCUAUGAAAAUGUUUUGCCCAAAAAUGCUGAUGUUUUGAUAAUAUUAUUCAUUUCCUUUAAGUUAUUUUUUUAAAUGUGACGCUAAUACAGAAAACAGUCAUUAGAACAAGCAUAAAAAGGUGCAAAAUUAAUAGAAUUUUAUAGAUGGCUACAGAUGUACAUUCAUUUACUGUUUGUGUAAACACUGAAUUUCUUUUAAUAUUUAUUUAUGAAUUGUUAAUAUAAAAAAAGUAUAUCAAUGGUCCAAUCACAGCAGGUAGAAUCACAAAGUGAACUUUUCAGUGUACAGUAAUUGUGGGACUGCUGAGGAUAAAAAACUUGAAAAGUCUUUAAAAAAGUUCAAACUUCUCAUAGUUAUUUCAUAAUUUUGAAAUAAAAAAAAUGCACAAAUAUGAGACAAAUAAUGCCUAAAUUUGUAUUUGAUCUUGAUGGGGAGUUGCGGUAAAGGAAACGUCUUCAGUCCUGAUUUGAAGCUGCCAACAGUUCCUGAAGGUUUCAGGUUUUCAGGGAAUUUAUUCCACAGCUGAGGAGCAUAGAAACUAAAUACUGUUUCCCAUUGUAUAGUUUGGGCCCUAAAAUCAUUGAGUAAGCAGGUGUCUGAGUGCUGAUGAAUCACCUGACAAGAACCUCUGAGAUCACUCAAGACCAAUGACGCAAUUUUAAAAUUUGACCCUCUUACAAACAGUCUUUUGUGGCAGUGAACUGAUUCUGGAGAUGAUUGUGGCUGCUGGGUGUCAGAUGAGCUGCAGCAGCUGGAGAUACUCCCACCCCCCCAGAAACCAGUACAAUAAAUCCAUUAAAAUGACAGAAUCUGUUACCUUUUAAGAAGGGAUUGGGCUGAUUUUAUUAAGGCUUUAUUUUGGAUAUUAAAAUUGAGGUUUGAAUCCAUAACAAUAUCUGGGCUUAUUGCCUGCUGUUAAUAUUACUGCAAUUGAGUCCAAUUGAAUCCUGAUCUCUAAUCUUGUAUUUUUGGGCCAUAAACAAUAAGUUUUUUGUUUUCUGCAAUAAACUUGGGGACAUUAUGACCCUUCACAGCCAAAAUAGGGCCAUGAUAAUUCUGGGGUAGCAACAGAGAUCCACAACUCAGGUGGAAGAAUCUGUGCCAUUUCUGCAAGAAAGCCAUGAGACCUCCUGCAUGUAGUUCACUAGAAUUCACUGGGGGACAAACAUGUGGAAGAAGGAGCUCUGGUGUAAUUUGAACUUUUUGACUUGCAUGCAUAAAUGGGUCUGAUGAAAAGCAAUACCGUGCAUUCUCUUUACAUCUUGUGGUGGUGGCAGCAUCAUGCUGUAUGGUGCUUUUGUGACUGUGGACAACAAAGCCAUUAAAAAUUAUAUUUGAUAGUGAGAUGGAUGAAGCUAAAUACAAGACAAUCCUAGAAGAGAACAUUUUAGUGGUUGCAAAAAAUCUUGAGAGUGCAGAUAAGAACUACCAUAUUGCAGGACAAUGAUUCUCUAAACACACAACCAGAACUAUGAUGUUAUGACAUAUGCCU